AGAUAGUCGCAGAAGAACAAGACGCCGAGGUAAUGAAGGAACAGCCAGCAUCCCACAACUUGAAACGUGAAGAAAUGUGCGGGAAGGAUAGUCCCCUGAACGAGGAAAGUCAUGAUGAACCUGGCAUUGAACUAUACUCUGACGCGAAUGGAGUGGAAAUGGGGUAUCGUGAUGAUGAUGGGAGCAUACUCGCGAAACAAGAUGUCCAUCCAUCGGAGAGGAACGGAGUAGUGAUGGUACCGACCGGUGACAUCACGAUUGUAAGUUGUGAUGACCCGGGAGGACAUAGCAAAAAGGAAAACGGAGAAUUAGUAAUUAAUGGCACGAGGUAUUGGAACAUAGACGGACUUACCAUGAAAAGACCUAAAGUGAAUAGGGUGGGGUUGAGGUAUCGUGAUGAAGGAUGGAUCACGAUUUAUGAGCGGGAUGUCUACCCCCCUGAGGGUAAAAUGGAGUAUGAAGCGGAAGGAGGGACGAUGUUCAUAAGUACAUGGAAACCAUGGGACCCCGAGGACAACAGAAAUGAUGAUGUUAUGGAAGAGGAAUUCACAAACGAUGACGAAUUAGCGGAUCAAGAUCAUUGGUGGGAACGAUAUUAUGGGAAAAAGGAUACAACCAUUGGCGUGCCUAUUAAUCACCAAGAUGAUGAGGACGAAGUAGUGUUGGUAUCAACCAGUGUCGUCACGAUCGUAAGUUGUGAUGACCCGGGAGGACUUAAAAAAAAAGUGAACCGAGAGUUAACAAUUGGUGAUGGGAAGUAUGGUGACGUACACGGACUUACCGAUGGGAGACCUGAUGUGAGUGGAGGUGGAUUGGGAUGUCACGAGGAUGGAGGGACGAUAACCGAUGACUCCCCUGAUGAGGGUAAAAUGGAGGAUGAAACGAAGGGAGGGAUGGUGGUGAUGAAUGCGAGGAAAUUAUGGGCACCCGGGUAUGAAAAAUGGUGGCAACGGACGAACACGCUCAAGGAGUUAAUGAUAGCAUACGUAGACGUUAUUGCAAAACUAAUACACUGCACAAUGAUGAUCAUUAUCAUGACGGUUCUGAUAACCAAUGGAGUUGUCUCGAAAUCUGAGUGUGCAGGAAUAAUGCGACGUAUUGGUAACAUUAGCAGGAAGGCCGGUUGGUGCACAGAAGGAUGGAGGGAAAGAGACAAGCGUGAAAAAGGGAUGAUGGU